CAUAACCCGAGACUAGAGCCACUGCUAGAUUGACCGGAGCACACAGCACGGCUGAACAUGAAGCUUUCUCGAAGAUUAGGAGGCUUGCCUCUAAGCGUAUGGCUACAAAUAGUCAUUAUUUUGACUUUGCUACCACAGACUGAGACCAUACAGACAACUGAAAAGGAAUACGUGGAUAGAGGUUUUGAGGCCGGAAAAGAGAUCCUCGAUUAUAUAAACCAAAAAGAUUUUGCAAAGACACUGACAAAGGUAGCUGCAUCAACGGCGCCAUUCCUUGGGGCACUUGGUCCAUUCCUUGGUUUUGUUUUGGCCUUCAUUCCAUCAGCAGAUUCGGCAGAAUUGGCGUACAUGAAGGACAUGAUGAAAAAAAUUGACAACCGAUUCAAUAAAGUCGAUAGCCGAUUCAAUGAUAUUGAACGCUUGAUUGACUGGACGAAAGUGGCUGUAAACUUUGGUCAAAUAGAGCAAAAUAUCAAUGCGAUGCAUUCACAAUACAUCACUUUGUACACCACUACGCCACCAACUGCAAAUUCGAAACAAAUUUUUAUCGUGAACUACAACAGCGUCUACCAGCUAAGUGCCUUAAAACUGUACCAGGCAAUAACACAAAACCAAGGCGUAUUUCAAGAAAAUCUAGGCAGAUCGGUGAUGCGAUAUACUGCAAAUGACCGAAAGAAAACACAAGAUUUCCUGCUUGGUAUUUUGCGCCUACUACUGCAGGCAGUUGAAAUCGAACUUGCCUAUUACCAUGUGAAUGGAUUUGAAGCACUUGCAGAAACCAAUACGGCUACAUGGAAUACAAGAAUUCAAACGGUGAAAUCUAACUACGAAACCAUUGACAGGGCUGUCAGAGACAAAUACUAUGAACAAGCUGGGGUCGAUAUUAGGAAAUUUUCUGCCGAUAUGUAUGGACAGAGUCAUGAAAAGUUUGUUACGGAUGGCUACAAUAUGCUAACACAGAAGUUUUAUUGGCGCGAUUGGUUUCUUGUUGCGUAUAAUCUAAGAACGGCAAGUACUGCUAAUAUGUGUGGAGGGCAUAGAAUGUUUGACCAAGACGGUCGGAAUUUUGUCACGUCAAGUGUAGAUAGUAAUAAAUCGAAGAUUGGCCGUGCAGCAUUAAAACCGCGUUUGAAUCUUGGUAGUUAUGCCUAUACAAAGAAUUGGUUGGGACGAAAACAGGCACGCGAUACCAGCGAGGUUUUUAAUAGAAUUGACAAGAGCGGUACAUGUAGUUUAGUCGUAAUAAAGAAGAAUAACGGGGGACGGUGGAUAGGUCUUUCGGACAGAUAUGCUCAUUUUGAUAAUGGCUAUCACGAUAUUUUAUUGUUUGCUUAA